UGUUAUGUAGUACUUCUGAGUCUUAAGUUUUGCUCAUCAUCUCCCAUGUCUUGAGUUUCAACAUUCUGCAUAAACAUAAUCAUCAAAAUCCUCUGCUGACUUAUCAAAAAAAAAAAUUAAUCAAAAUCCUCUGCUUCUGUUUUGGAUGUUUGAUUGCAUUUCUAAUAUUUGUGAUAAUGCUUAUGCAUUCUCUUUUAAGCAUCUGCUAGUGGUGACUGCUUUAUAAAUCAUGAGUUUCUUGACAGAAUCAUCGACCCAUACUUGGCAACCCACCACAACUUCAGAUACUACUACUCCAAGUUAUUGGUUGAAUUGGAGGUUCUUCUUAUGUGCAGUGUGGAUUUUAAUCUCCCUGACUUUUGCAUCUUUUUUAAUAUUAAAGCAUGAAGGAUUCAAGAAAACAAGACCUGAUCAGAGGGGAGAAAAUCAAGCUGGAUUGGUAUAUGAGGAUGAAGCAUGGAACACAUGUCUAAUAGGAAUCGAUCCUUCAUGGCUGCUUAUUUAUAGAGUGAUUUCUUUUAUUGUGCUUUUGGCUUUGAUUAUUGCUAAUGUGGCUGCUGAAGGAGCUGGCAUAUUUUACUUCUACACUCAAUUGACCUUUUCGCUGCUGACAAUUUACUUUGGGCUUGGAUCAUUAUUCUCUUUAUAUGGAUGUUUAUUUAAACAAAAUAAAUUUGAAGACAGAGGUGCCAAUAGUGCUGCUUUUGACACAGAGCUAGGCACUUAUCAUACUCGGAAAAUUGCUGGUGUAUGGGGUUACAUUUUCCAAAUACUUUAUCAGACCUGUGCAGGUGCUGUACUGCUCACUGACUCUGUAUUCUGGUUCAUCAUUUAUCCAAUUCGAACAAACAAAGAUUACGGUCUGGAUUUUUUGAUUUUUUGUAUGCAUACAAUUAAUGCUGUUUUCCUCCUCGGUGACACAUCAUUGAAUUGCAUGAGAUUUCCAAUGUUUCGGAUUGCAUACUUUGUGUUGUGGACAGCUGCAUUUGUGAUUUUUCAGUGGAUCAUCCAUGCUUGCUUUUCAAUUGGGUGGCCUUAUCCCUUCCUUGACUUGUCAUCCAAAUAUGCCCCUUUAUGGUACUUGGCGGUGGGUCUCAUGCAUUUUCCAUGCUACGGUUUCUUUGCUUUAGUAGUGACGGUGAAGCACUCAUGGUUAUCAAAAUCUUUUCCUGGGUCUUCCCGGUUUGAGGGAUGAUUCCACAAUAUUCAUAGUUGAAGAGGGUUUUAAGCACUCAUGGUUAAUUAUCAAAAUCUUUUCUGGGUAAACUGGGAAAGGAUAUUUUUAGCGCUACAUCUUGCAACAUGCCUUGUAAUUUUCGUCGAAGACAUGUGUUGUAAUUUGGUUAAGUGACCGUUGUAAAGUAGUUAGAAUAUUUAGUUUAUAAAUA